AUAACCAAUUGCAAUUGUGUCAAUAAUAUUUAUCGAGAGCAUCAUCUCCAUCCCCCCAAGCAAUCAAACGCCGCUGUAAUCAAAUGGUAUUUGUUGUUAUGUUUUGAAAUUCGCGUUGUGAAGGAAGCGAGAAAUUCGACAAAACCAGGUCGUGCGUCAUAUUUGGAAUUUGGAGCAGUUUUUGAAGAAUUGAAAUGGAUAACCAAUACGCUUACAGACUGGUGUUUCUCGGAGAAUGGUUCCAAGAAGAGGCUUCUAUGUCGCGAGAUUUUUCCAUUUUCUAUUAUCCAUCCGAUUCAGCAGUUGAGAUAUUCGACCUAAAGACAAAGAAAACCUUCUUAAAAAGAACUCGCGUUGAUUACUUGUCGGAAAGUGAUUUCUUCAUUGGAGCGAGGGUUAAUAUAUUUGGACGCCAAAUCACAAUUCUGGAUUAUGGAGAUGCAGCGACUAAGAAAAAACUGGCACACUUUAGAGAAAGAUCUUUCAUGCUGAUAAAGCCGGAAGGUGUUGAGCAUUUAGGUAGCAUUCUCAAGCUCCUUCAUCAAAGUGGAUUCCGUUUAAAUAAUGCUCGCAUGGUACAAUUCCAAACAAGAGAUCCUGCUCGGCUUUUUGAUGAAUCCUCUGUAUAUAGACUAGCUAUGGAAUCAAUGUUAUCAGGGCCUGUGGUUGGAGUAGAAGUAGUGGCAGAUAAUGCUGUUGAAAAGUUGAAAAAUCUUGCAGGACCUGAAGAUCCUGAUCAAGCAAGGCAGGAAUCUCCCUGUAGUAUUCGAGCACUCUUUGGGUUAAAUAAAGUCAAAAAUGCCGUUCAUGUAGCCCAAACGGAAAAGGAUGUACAAAACGAAACGUCGAAAUUUUUCUAUUCUCCAGAACCAUUUAAAACAACUGAAGUAGUUGAACGAUCUACCUUAGCUGUAAUUAAACCACAUAUUUUGAAAAGUGGCGAAACAGGAGAUGUUAUAUCUGAAAUAACUCAGAAUGGGUUUAGAAUCACGGCUUUGAAAAUGAUUCUUCUAGAGCGACCGAAUUGUGAGGAAUUUUACGAGGUAUAUCGUGGUGUGCUACCGGAUUUUGUGCAAAUGGUUGCUCAACUUUCUUCUGGAUUAUGUAUGGCUUUGGAGCUAGUCACAGUCGAUGAAAGUAAAGAUACGCAUGCUGAAUUUCGUAAAUUUUGUGGCCCUAUGGAUCCGUCCGUGGCGAUUCCCCUUCGACCUAAUACUUUACGAGCUAAAUUUGGAAAGACAAAGAUUCUGAAUGCUGUACAUUGUACUGAUCUGCCAGAGGAUGCUAUACUUGAGGUGGAAUAUUUCUUCAAAAUCUUAGAUUAAUGUAAAAUAUAUUGUAUAUAGCAAUUUUCUAUUCCAAGGAAGACAUUAGCUUUAUUUUUGAUAAGUAAUGUAUUUUCACUAUAAUAGUAAUCUACUAACAGAUUGUAAUAAAUAAACAU